GUAUAUGUACUUCCGGGUGUUAGCGCAGAGACACGUCUUGAGCUUAUUAAUGGAUUCAUAACUACGCUCCUUUUGAAACAUGUAUCACCAACCCGUACUGAAAAACAGACGGACUCUGCUGGAGCGUGUGGAAAAGUUUAUUUCAGAUAUAUAUUUUACAGACUGCAACCUUAGAGGAAGACUGUUUGGAGACAUUCACCCUCUUGAAUCCAUCUCUGUGUUCCUGUCAGAGAAGCGCAUUCCUUAUUCAGAGGCCAUUCAACAAAACUUUCGGCCUUGUAAUGUUGGUGAUUCAUUUGGACCCACCUGGUGGACAUGCUGGUUCAAAGUAACAUUGAAGAUCCCAGAGACUUGGAGAGGGAAGGAAGUCCACUUAAGAUGGGAAAGUGAUGGAGAGGCAAUGGUAUGGAAGAAUCAACAUCCAGUUCAGGGAUUGACCAAUGAAGGCGAGAAGACCAGUUAUAUUCUGACUGAGUGCUUGAAGGACAGCGAAUCUCAUGGAAUUACUCUAUAUGUGGAACUUGCAUGUAAUGGACUUUUUGGAGCCGGACAAAGUUCCAUGAUUGCCGCCCCUGACCCAAACAGGAAGUUCACUCUCCAGAAGGCAGAGCUUGUUGUUUUCAAUCAAGAUGUCAGGGAGCUUCUAACUGAUUUUGAGAUGCUUCUGGACAUGGUCAAGUUACUAGGAGAAGGAGAACAACGUGGAUUUCAGGCUUUGUUUACAGCCAAUGAAAUGGUGAAUCUGUGUGAUCCAGCCAAUCCUGGUUCAUUUGCUUCUGCUCGAAGUCUAGCCAUGAGGUUUUUUGCCCAGAAAAAUGGGGAAAGCCAACAUGUGGUACAUGCUAUGGGACACUGCCAUAUUGAUUCAGCUUGGUUGUGGCCAUAUGAAGAGACUAUCAGGAAGUGUGCUCGCAGCUGGGUCACUGUGAUUAGACUGAUGGAAAAAAACCCAGAGUUUGUCUUUACAUGCUCCCAAGCACAGCAGUUUCAGUGGGUGAAGAGCUGGUACCCAGGCCUUUUCUCAGAGAUCAAGCACUUUGUACAGAAAGGCCAGUUUAUUCCAGUUGGAGGCACUUGGGUAGAGAUGGAUGGUAACUUGCCAUCUGGUGAGUCCAUGGUCAGACAGUUUCUACAUGGCCAGAACUUCUUCAAGGACGAAUUUGGAAAUUACUGUAAAGAGUUUUGGCUACCAGAUACGUUUGGUUACUCUGCACAGCUGCCUCAGAUCAUGAAAGGGUGUGGGAUCUCUCGUUUUAUAACUCAGAAGCUGAGCUGGAACCUUAUUAACACGUUUCCACACAACACAUUCUUUUGGGAGGGUAUUGAUGGGACAGCAGUUCUCACUCAUUUUCCUCCAGGUAACUCUUAUGAGAUGAAGGGUAAAGUGGAAGACUUGAUUAACACAGUGAAAAACAACAAAGACAAGGGACGAGCCAAUCAUAGUGCAUUAUUGUUUGGUUUUGGAGACGGUGGUGGUGGACCAACACAGCUAAUGCUUGACCGACUACACCGUGUCAAGGAUACAGAUUGUCUGCCUAAGGUUCAGAUGUCAAGUCCUGAUGUCCUGUUUUCUCACCUGGAAUCAGACUCAUUGCUCCUUUGUAGAUGGGUUGGUGAGCUCUUCCUUGAGCUACACAAUGGCACCUACACCACACAAGCAAAGAUCAAGAUGAAAAAUCGGCAAUGUGAAACACUGCUUCAUGAUGUUGAGGUGGCAAGCUGUUUGGCCUUGUGUAAAAAUGAUAGUUUCAAUUACCCAGCGUGCAAACUUCAGGAACUGUGGAGACUGCUUCUACUUAACCAGUUCCAUGAUGUAAUUCCUGGCAGCUGUAUUGGGAUGGUUGUCGAGGAUGCAUUACAGUACUAUGAUGAAAUACACACCACGGCAUCCAGACUUCUUCUUGAUGCUUGCAAAUCACUGCCGUCCUCUGCUGACAAUAGCAUUGCUGUGCUGAACACUUUAUCUUGGGAGAGAACUGAAGUCAUAUCACUACCAAGGAAGGACACAGAAACAAGAUUAGCCUUGGUGAGAGUCCCUAGCGUGGGUGUAGCUCAUGUCAAGGAGACAGCCGAGUCUGCUGAGUCUGUUAUUGCCACAAUGAUGGUCAAUGGAAGCAUCAUUUUGGAAAACGGUCUUUUGAAGGCAACUAUAGACCAUUUGGGCCGUUUGAUGUCACUGCUUUUAACCCAAACAAACAGGGAAACCAUUUCCGAGGGUUGCUUUGGGAACCAGUUUGCAUUGUUUGAUGAUGUACCUUUGUAUUGGGAUGCUUGGGAUGUGAUGGACUACCAUCUUCAAACAAGGAAGCCUGUAAUUGAGGUCAUUGAGCCUGCCAAGGUGCUAAGAUCAGGAGGAAUUCAGGCCAGUGUCUCCUUCUCACUAAGGAUUAACGGAAAAAGCACUAUUCAACAGGAGAUUGUUCUGGGUGCCUGCUGUCCCUAUAUCAAAUUCAAAACACAUGUGGUCUGGGAAGAGGCACAUAAGUUUCUAAAGGUAGAGUUCCCUGUGCAAGUGCGCAGCCCAGAGGCUACCUACGAGAUACAGUUUGGACACUUGCAGAGGCCUACUCAUAGAAAUACCUCCUGGGACUGGGCUCGUUUUGAGGUGUGGGGACACAAAUGGGCUGAUCUGUCUGAGCAUGGUUUUGGUGUGGCUCUUCUUAACGACUCCAAAUAUGGCUACUCUGUCCAUCAAAACAUCAUGACCUUGUCCCUUUUGCGAGCUCCUAAAGCUCCAGAUCCCAAUGCUGAUAUGGGGGAUCAUAUUUUUAGCUAUGCGUUGAUGCCACAUGCAGGCACCUUCCAGGAAGCUUCAGUUAUCCAGUAUGCCUACAACUUUAACUACCCACUUCAUGUCUAUAAUGGUGUCAUUCCUGAACCCUGGAGUGCAUUCUCCUUAAGCUCACCUGGUAUCAUCCUGGAAACCAUAAAAAAGGCGGAAAAAAGAGAGAAUGCCCUUCUUAUCCGCCUUUAUGAGUCUCACGGAAGCAGUGUGACUGUGUCAUUGUCAACUUCCCUUCUUUUACAAGAAGUCUGGCAUUGUGAUCUCUUGGAGCGUCCAGAUUUCAGAAUUCCUGUGUCAGAGACCACCUCUGGAAUAUCCUUAACAUUCAAACCAUUCCAGAUCAGAUCUCUCCUCUUGAUUAUACAGUGAAACGUUUAAUUGCAAAUUGAUUAAGAUGCAGAUGCUUAAACCACUUCAUUAAAAUCUUUAAGUAGAUUGUCAUUUUACAUUUACAUUUGAUUUACGAUGCAUUAUCUGGGUCAGUGAAAUUUUAAUUUACCUUGGCAAAGCUGAAUAAAAAGAGUUCAGUACACAGUAAUGGCAUACUGUGAGUCUGAAACAGUUGUUUAUGCUGA